UCCCAGUGUUUACUGUCAGACGCAAGGCAGCAAGCGUGUUUGUGUCGAGUGUGGGUAAUGGACGAGUUGUUGCCUGAAGGCAGACACCACAGGAAGCCAGAGAUCUGAUGCAUGUUCCUUGACAUUCUUUUAAGGACCUCCAGGAUGUAUUUAGGCUAAGACUAACACUUCUUCAAGUUAAGCUAUCAAGACAAAAAAAAACCUAAAUGGAUCUGAGAGCCAAGCAUGGUUUGACGCUGUUGGAACAGCUAAACCGAAUGCGAGAUGCUGAGCAGCUAACAGACGUGGUUCUAAUCGCUGAGGGUGUUAGCUUCCCAUGCCACCGUGCGGUGCUUUCUGCCUUCAGUCCAUACUUCCGCGUAAUGUUCACCUGUGGCCUGCGCGAGUGUACCAACCGUCAAGUGGUGUUAAGAGACAUGCCGGCACAAAGCCUGGCCCUUUUGCUAGAAUACAUGUACAGCGCCAAUCUUCCACUUACUGCAGCCAAUGUGCAGGGCAUCUCUGUUGCUGCUUUUCUUCUACAAAUGGAUGAUGUGUUCAGUCGUUGUCAGAUCUACAUGAUUGACAACAUGGAUGCUUCCAAUUGCCUGGGAAUCUAUUAUUAUGCCCGGGAUCUAGGGGCAGAGGAGUUGGCCGAUCAGGCUCAGCGCUAUCUGCGGCAGCACUUCACUGAAGUGUGCCUUGGGGAAGAGGUGCUGGAGUUGGAGGCUCACCAGUUAGGGGUGUUAUUGGGCUCAGAUGACCUUAAUAUUUCACGGGAAGAGAGCAUUUUGGAUGUGGUGAUGCGCUGGGUGAAGUACAGUCCGGGGGGUGUAGGGUCAGUGGAAGAGAACAGGGCCAGGCACCUCCCAGAACUCUUAAAGAAGGUACGUCUUCCACUGGUGGGUGUGGAUUACUUGAAGGGGACGAUGAAAAGGAACACAGCACUGCUAGCUGAUGCCGAAUGUCUUCAGAUAAUGGAAGAGGCAAUUGAAACUGCAAGCUUGGAUUCAGAUGCUCCACCCCGCCGACUGAAGCUGCGGUACGGUAUGGAGACCACAGACCUCCUGCUCUGCAUUGGUAAUGAUGGCGGAGGGAUACGCUCACGUUAUGGAAGCUACACCGAGCGCAGCUUUUGUUAUGCUCCCAACACCGGGCGGACUCUUUUUAUCACCUCCCCACGAUACGGUGAUGCGCUUGGAUAUGUCUAUGCUGGAGUGGUAACUGAGAGGAAUGAAAUUGUUGUGGCAGGAGAGCUGGGAGCCAGAAGGAUGGCGAGGCAGAAAGACAGAAACGUCGAGAUUUUCAUGUACAACAAGGAAGCCCAAGGAUCCUGGAAACACUUGAGCUCAGCAGAGUAUCGUGACUCUUAUGCAUUGAGCUCUUUGGGAGACAACCUGUAUCUGAUUGGAGGUCAGAUGAAGCUGAAGAACCAGUACCUCAUCACCAACAGUGUUGAGCGCUGGUCUCUACAGGGUGGGCCAUGGCGAAGUGGUGCCCCUCUGCCCAUGCCCCUUGCCUAUCACAGUGUAGUUCGGAUGAAGGGUCGCCUUUAUGUGCUUGGGGGACGGACUCCACAGUCAUACCGCACAGAUGACGAGCCUGACCGUAUGAGUAAUCGCCUGCUUGAAUAUGACCCCGAGAACAACAAGUGGAGUGAACUUGGCCCUAUGAAAUAUUCAAAAUACCGUUGCAGCGCAGUCGCACUCAAUGGGGAAAUCUAUGUACUGGGUGGUAUUGGGUGUGAAGGUGUGGAUCGCGGCCAGUCACGUCACUGCCUUAAUGUAGUAGAGAUCUACAACCCUGAUGGCGAUUUCUGGAGGGAUGGUCCUCCUUUACCAUGGUCUCUCCUAUCACUUCGCAGCAAUGCAUCAAAUGCUGGAGUUGUUGAUGGAAAACUUUAUGUCUGUGGAUACUACAAAGGAGCAGAUCGUCAUGACACCAUCACUAAAGACAUCCUGCAGUUGGAUCCCUGGGAAAAUGUAUGGACUGUGGUGGCAAGGCAGGCUCUGAUGCACGACAGUUACGAUGUAUGUUUGGUGGCAAAUCUGAACCCUCGUGGACUCAUACCCCCUCCUGCUGACUUGGUAGAGGAAUGACAACAAUCUCUCCAAAAAUGAUUUCUCAUGAAAUAUUAUACAAUUUAUAUUAUUCACAUGACAGAAUUCCUCUUCUGUCAUGUGAAUAAUAUACAUAGCAUACUUUUUAUCCUCCUGCCAGAAAACUGUAGAUAUAGGGAGUAGGGCUUUCAUAAAUAGAUAUACAUUUUUACUUCAAACUAUUUUAAUUUAUAAUUCUGCGAGUGCUUUAGUGAUUUUGUUGUUGUCGACAUUUUUGGAUUUUAGAUAUUACCAAUAGUUGAGGUAUAGUAUGUAUUAAGAUAUGUGUCAAAUGAUAUGAUGAAAAACUUACAUAAUUAACAGUUCAAAAUAAAGUAACACUCCGAGAAACUUAAAAUGAUUUUACUUCACUAGCAUAGUAAAAAUGUACAGCAUAGAGUUGCACAAUACAGUAUAUGUACUGUAACUUUAAGCAGUCGAUGUAAUUUACUAAACAUAAAUUAAUCUGUCAAACUUAACAACAGCUAAAUCUGUCAUGUUUCAACUGCAAACAAAAUUGAAUAUAU